UCGCCAAGACAACAAAGCCAACGCGCCAACAAACAGUCGAAACACUCGAAAGUUUCCGCUAAUUCAUGUACAGGGUUGCUGUUUGUUUUGCAUGAAAGCUACCGUCUGAAUCUUUAACUGGGACAACACGUCGAUAUGGCGUCUCUGAACCAGCGGCGCUACAACACGCACAGAGAGCAGCAGAAGCUGGUCGCGGAGUCCCGGCGGCAAGCGGAGCAGCGAGAGGACUGGCUGAGACGCCUGUCGCAGGACAGACAGAUGCAGGCCGGCUUUCUGAAUGAGGAGAGGCUGGAGAGGAAGAGACAGCUGCGGAGAGCGCAGGACGAGGAGCAGGAGCGGCGGGUGGAAUGGGCCCUCCUGACGACGGAGAAUGAAAGGAUCAUGCGGGAGAAGCAGGUUGAACAGGAGGAGAGGAUGGCGAGGGAACUGGCUCGCAUCAACCAUGAAAAGCUGAGAGAGGAGAAGCUGAGGCAGCAGAUCCGGGAAAACAGCAUUGAGCUCCGUGAGCUGGAACAGAAGCUGAAGGCUGCCUACCUGAACAAGGAACGAGCAGCUCAGGUUGCUGAGAAGGAGCUUAUGAGAUGUGAAGCCAUGAGGCAAGAAUCUGACUUGGCGCUUAGGAUGAAGGACGAACAGGAGCAAGCCAUUGUGGAGCAGCAGGAGCAGGAGGAGAGGCACUACCAGGAGGUGGCACGCUACCAGCAGGAGCUGGAACAGCAGCUGGAGGAGAAGGAACACAAGAGGCAGGAGGCAUACGAGGAGUUCCUCAAGGAGAAACUCAUGGUGGACGAGAUAGUCCGGAAGAUCUAUGAGGAGGACCAAAUGGAGCAGCAACUGAGGCUGGAGAAGAUUGCAGCCACCCAGAGAUAUGUAGGGGAGUUCAAGAGGCAGCAGGCUGAGUGGAGACAGAUGGAGAGGGAGAAGAUGGACGCCGAGAAUCGACGUAUCGUAGAAUACGCGGAAUAUCAGCAGCGCAGGGAGGAAGACAGGAUGACCAAGGUCCGAGAGCGAGAGAACGCAAAACAACACCUCCAUCUGAUGCUCACCGAGAGGAUUGAAACGGAAACACGGCAACGUGAGGAAAUGGACCGCGCUCGUGAGGAGCUCUACAUGGAGGAGCAAGCAGAGGCUGAGAGGCAGAAGCAACGCGAGGAGAUGGAGAGGAGGAUCCGGCAGAGGCUGGAGCUGCAGCAGACCUGCCGGGAGCAGAUGGCCCUCAAGCAGCAGCGCAAGCAGGCCGAGCGUGAGGAAGAAGAAGCCUUCAGGCGCAUGAUGAUGACCAAGUUUGCUGAGGACGACCGCAUCGAACAGAUGAGUGCCCAGAGACGGCGUAUGAAACAGCUGGAGCACCGGCGGGCGGUGGAGGAGCUGCUGGAGGACAGGAGGAGGCGCACUCUGGCCGAAGAGGAGCGGGAGGCAGAGGAGAGAGCCGCUGAACGCGAGCGUGAGAUGGCGCGUUUGAGGAUUAUCGAGGACGAGAGACAAAAGCUGCUCAAAGAUCAUGCCGCUAAACUGCUUGGUUACCUGCCCAAGGGAAUUUUCAAGGAAGAAGACCUUAAUCAUUUUGGUGAAGAUUUUAAAAGAAAUCUCCAGAAGCCGGAAGCAGACACCUUUUCAGACGAAGACUGGGGAGCUCAGGGACACUAGUGUGUUUCUGUGACAGACACUAGAUGGCAGUGUGAUUAAAUGUUUGUGAAACAUUGUAAGUUGCUUUGUAUACCUUUGCUGGGAACUUUUUGAUGAGUGUAUUGCAUUGUAUGGAAUUAGACCCCUUGUUGUUCCACAUCAUUUCUGCCUGUUUGUGUCCCUUGUUGUCACAGAGGACGUCCUCAGUAGUGAAUUAAUGGAGAAAUGACUCACUUUGUUAAUCGAUGCUUUGUUUUGCGAGAACGAUUACCUGCCAGUUACCUUCAGAGGCACUCUUGGGGAUCUGCUUCAGCUUUUAGUCUGAUGCUUAAUAAUCGAUUUCUGUAUCUGAUGCACACUAUAGCUCCAGGACUCACAGAAACGUAUAAAUGGUAGUGCUACAGCUGUCCUUUAA